AUGUCAUCGUCGAGCAAAGCAAGUUCUGCAGCAUCAAGCAGCAGCUCGAAGAUUCCCCAGACGGCGCCGGCAGGCGCACUCACGAUCACCCAACCCCCAGAGACAGCGACGUCCUACUACAAAAUCGCCCCGUCUAAUACCAUUACGUUUGCGUGGAACUUCACCAACCUCCUUGUGACCCCUACCCACCUCACCGUCUCCGCCAUCUGCGAGAACGGGAACACAUAUCCCGUCGGUCCCACCAACGGAAUCAUCGACGGCUCUGUGACGUCGGUGACAUGGGAUCUAUGGUCGUACCAGCAGGCACACUCGGCCACCCCUCUUGCCGUUGCGACGUACACCCUGAACAUCUGGGGUGAUCGCGGCCCGGGUGCAGCGAUGUCGCCUGGACAGCUGUCCGAGAACAGUGGGCUGAGAUUUGCGUUGUAUUCACCACAGCCGUACACCCCACUUUCCAGCUGGACAUGUCCUGGGUGCAACGUCAAUGCCUCGUGGCCGGAUUAUGUCGCUCAUCCCGCCUUCGUCAGUCUUGUCGCGACGGUGGUUAUCAUGUUCCUGUCCGGUUACACCUUGCUGCGGCAAAUGGCGCAUUAG